AUGAUCUUAGCAACUGAACGUAUACUUGAAAAUCAAGAGUAUGAAAAAAAUUUCUAUGUUGAUAAUGAGAAAUUAUUUUGCGAUUUUUGUCAAGGUACUGCUUUAGAUCAUACGAAAAAAAACGCGUUAGAUAAACAUUUAAAAAGUAAAAAACAUGUAAACAAUGUCGAAAAGAAAAGAAAAAAUAAUGAACGAGAAUUAAUGUUGAGAAAAUCACCUAAACAAGAGGACAUACCUUUUAAAAAAGAGGACAUACCUUUUGAAAAAACGAACAUACCUUUUGAAAAAGCGGACAUACCUUUUGAAAAAGUGGAUAAACCUAAAAAUUUUUUCCAAGAAUAUUGUGCAAAUGGUGAUGCUAUUGCAAAUUCUUCUUUGCUUCAAGAAAUUCAAGGAAAAUGUUUAUCAAUUGCAUUUAACAUGGAGAAUUCUUGGGUACAAGAAUGGUUGCGUAACAAACGUAUAUCUAUUAUCGUUGAUGAGACAACAGACUAUUAUGGUCAAUUAAUGUUUAAUGUAUUUUUCGUCUGUGGUGGACAAACUAAUUUAGCAAGUACUGAAUAUCCAAAUAUUGCAAAUAAUAUCCCUAUUGCUGAAUUAGUUGUGAAAACACUAAAUUAUUAUAAUGUCUCUUUUGAUAAUGUCGUUUUUUUUAUUCCUAAUAAUUCGAGAUAUACGUUACAAGUUUUUCAAGUAUUAUCUCCUUUAUUACCUCGAUUAAAAAAUAAUCGUUGUUUGGUUCAAAUCUUGAAAUCAGUAGGAGAAUCAUGGAUCUAUUAUAAAAAUUUCAAAUUUCUAACUUAUAUAGUAUUGAGUAUAGAAACAUCUUUUAUUGAAUGUCCUGCUCUUGAAGGAAGAUGGAAUAAUCUUUUAAACUCUCUUAACUUCCAUAACAUUGAUCCAAAUUAUAAUCAAAAUUACAAUCAAUAUUAUGGUAAUUUGGUUUUACCUCUAAACCAUGAUUUGAUUUCAUGGUUUAAAUUUAUUUUUUGGAUUGAUCAUCAUAUAUCACAAUUACGUACAUUUUACAUUGAAGAAGAGAUGAUAAAUCCCGAAAGUAAAGCUAUCCAGGAAUUGGCGACUGUUUUCAAAGAUCCAACUAAAUUUUUUAUUUUUGAAACCUUCAUCAUGUUCGUGGCAUCUAAUGCAAAAUGUAUUGUGGAUGGUUAUGAAUAUUUUAAGAUCAAAAACAAACCUAUUGCUCCUUUCGUGAUUAGAUGUUUGGCAUAUCUUGAAGCUACAUUACAACUUGGUUCUACUUACUCUGUUAGUGAUGAGUUGAAAGUCAAAUUUAUUGAAAAUAAUGUUGAACCAAAACCAUAUACUAAAAUGUUUCACGAAGCUUUUCAAAUAGCCUCAAAUACGUUAAAAGGGCAAAUUGAUAAUCACCUGGCAUUGCCUAUGUUUAAUGCAGUUCAAUGUUUUGAUCCACGUUUUAUUCGUACUCAUUGUUAUAACAUUAAUUCUUACUCUGAAAUUGAAGAAUUUAAAAAUCCAGAAAAUAAUAUUUUAGAAGAAUGGGAAGUUUAUUGUAGUCUAGAAGAAGAAUUUGGAAAUGACGAACUUGAUUUGGAUAAUUAUUGGAAAAACAAAACUGAAAUGUUACCAAAUUUAUCAAGAUUAGCUCUAGAUUAUAUAUGGCUUCCGGUAUCUGGAUUGUAA